AUGGCUAUUACGAAUUUAUUAGAAAAUCAAGAUCAUCAAUCAGAAGCAAGUAUUCAUCAAACAUCAAAGACAAAGAUUAUAUUCAUAGUUAUACUUUUCUUAUUGUCAUUAGCUUCUUUUGUACUUCAGACUGAAUUCACUUCACAAGCAUAUAAAUUAAAUUUCAAAGAACCGGUCAUAUUAUUAACUGUUACUCAUGGAUCAUGGUGGUUAUUAUGGCCACUACAAAUAUUAUUCGUACUGAUGAUAAGAACAACUCAAAAAUAUACCAAAAACAAAUCUACAAAAAUAAAUAUUGCUCCUAAUUCAUCCUCAAUUCAAUAUCAAAGAUUAAAUUCCACUUCUGAGUUACUUGAAGAUCAAGAAUUGGAAGUACCAAUACAUCAAAUCCCCAUGUUUACAUAUUUUAAAAAAUGUAUAAUCAAACAAUUUCACAACGUUUAUCAUACUAGUAUACUAAUCUACAAUUCAAACAUCCUUGGAGAUACAUCAACAAAGUACUUAAAUAAUAGCAUAGAUGUGGCUCCACGUUUGAGUUCAAGCAACUCAAUAAUUUCAUGCAUUUCAACAUUCAUCAGAACUCCAAGUAUUCAUUAUAUUGCCAUUCGUUCCUUUAUCGUUACUUUAAUUUUAACAGUUGCUGGUUUUACGUGGUAUGGAGCAAUGUCAAUGACUUAUCCAGCUGAUGUAACUGCAAUAUAUAACUGUAGUGCAUUUACAGCAUACGCAUUUGCAAUUCCAUUGCUAGGUGAAAAAUUCUCAUGGUUGAAAAUUUCAUCAGUUAUAAUUGCCCUUGUUGGUGUGUUUCAAGUGGCAUAUUCUAAAGAAGAUGUAUCAGUUAAGGAAGAUUCUUAUCCUUUGAGAUUUUGGGGGAAUUUGAUUAUAUCAGUUGGUGCUAUAUUAUACGGAUAUUAUGAAGUAUUGUAUAAGAAAUACUUAUGUAUUCCUGCUCAUUUAAGUAAGAUAAUUACACCUAGAAGACAGCUGACAUUUGCAAAUUUUGUAAUGGGAUGGUUUGGAAUAUACACAUUUGUCAUACUUUCGCUUGCCUGUUUAUUAACACAUAUUACAAAAAUUCAUAAAUUUAAUCUUUGGAAUUAUGGAGAUAACACAAAGUUAAUAUGGCAGUAUAUUGCAGGUUCAAUAAUUUGUAAUUUGACAUUUAGUGCUAGUUUCUUGUCACUAAUGGCAUUGACUAGUCCUGUUUUGAGUUCAGUGAGUUCAUUAAUUACUAUCUUUUUGAUUGGGAUUGUUGAGUGGAUUGUAUAUGGGAAUAAAUUAAGUUUCCAACAGUUGUUUGGUGACUGUUUGAUUAUUGUUGGGUUUGCCAUGUUGACUAUUGCAAGUUGGAAAGAAAUUAGUGAAGGUAAUGAAGAUGAUGAUGUUGAAAAUGUAAGUACUUAUUCUUAUGCCUUAAGUACUGAUGAAGGUGGUAAUACAAGACAAGUAAAUUAA